UUCAGCAUCAGGAAUCCCUCAAAAGAAACACACUCACUCUGCUCUUUCUCCAUCCAUCACAAGAAAAUUAAGAUGAGCAGACCAGGAGAUUGGAACUGCAGGUCAUGCCAGCACUUGAACUUCCAGAGGAGGGAUUCUUGCCAAAGAUGUGGGGAGCCCAAGCAUGGCGGUUUUGGUGGUAGAGGAGGUAUCACCCCUUCUGCAUUUGGUUUCACUGCAGGCCCAGAUGUCAGACCUGGAGACUGGUACUGCAAUGUUGGCAACUGUGGUGCUCACAACUUUGCUAGCCGCUCCAGCUGCUUCAAGUGUGGUGCUUUCAAGGAUGACUUGGCCUCCACUGGUGGUGGUGGUGCUUUUGAUGGUGAUAUGUCUCGUGGGAGGGGUUUUGGGUUUGGUGGCGGAAGUGGUGGUGGUGUUGGCGGUGCCGGAGGUGGCAGCAGCCGCUCAGGGUGGAAGUCUGGUGACUGGAUAUGCAGCAGGCCUGGCUGCAAUGAGCACAACUUUGCUAGCAGAAUGGAGUGCUUUAGAUGCAAUGCACCACGGGAAUCCGGUAGCAAGUCUUCCUAUUAAGUCAAGUCGUCGCGUUUCCAGUUCAGGGUAAGGCUGUAUCGUGAAUUUGCUAUCUACAGAAGAGGAAGAGAGAGAUAAUGAGCGAUUGAUCAGACAGAAUCAAGAACAAAAGAGCAUCCAGUUGAUAGGAUAUUCUAAACUGACCCCUUUUUGCCCAUAUCAUAUGCAACCCUAUCUUUGAUUUUCUCUUUUUGUUUUUAUUUUAUUUUUAUUUCAAUAGUAGCGAUCUUUCAGUCUGCUAGGAAGUUUAGGUGAAUUAUGGUUAAUUUAAUUGCUACAACUCAUGUUUUAUGGCUGAUUAA